AUGGAUUUAUCAGUAGAUCCAAAUUUACAUUCAUUAAUCAACUCUACCACCCACAAAUGGAUUUUCGUCGGUGGUAAAGGAGGUGUCGGUAAGACAACUUCUUCUUGUUCCAUCGCUAUCCAAAUGGCUCUAGCUCAACCCACCAAGCAAUUCCUAUUAAUCUCUACGGAUCCUGCUCAUAAUUUAAGUGAUGCCUUUGGAGAAAAGUUUGGUAAAGAUGCCAGGAAAGUCACUGGUAUGAACAAUCUUUCUUGUAUGGAAAUUGAUCCUAAUGCGGCUUUAAAGGAUAUGAACGAUAUGGCUGUCUCUCGUGCGAAUGCUGAUGGUACAAAUGAUGAUGAUCCAUUAGGUGGAUUGUUACAAGGUGGUGCGUUGGCUGAAUUGACUGGAUCUAUCCCUGGUAUUGAUGAAGCGUUGUCAUUUAUGGAAGUUAUGAAACAUAUUAAGAGGCAAGAAAAUGGGGAAAGUGAAACUUUUGAUACUGUUAUCUUUGAUACUGCUCCAACGGGUCAUACUUUGAGAUUUUUACAGUUACCAAAUACUUUGUCUAAAUUGUUAGAGAAAUUUGGGGAAUUGACUGGGAAGUUGGGACCAAUGUUGAAUAUGAUGGGGGCUGGUAAUGUUGAUAUUGCCUCUAAAUUGAAUGAAUUAAAAAGUAAUGUGGAAAGUAUUAAACAACAAUUUACUGAUCCUGAUUUGACCACGUUUGUAUGCGUUUGUAUUAGUGAAUUUUUAUCCCUAUAUGAAACUGAAAGACUAAUUCAAGAAUUGAUUUCUUACGAUAUGGAUGUCAAUUCUAUCAUUGUUAACCAAUUAUUGUUUGCAGAAGAUGAUCAAGAACAUAACUGUAAGAGAUGUCAAGCUAGGUGGAAGAUGCAAAAGAAAUACUUGGAUCAAAUAGAUGAAUUAUACGAAGAUUUCCAUUUGGUUAAGAUGCCAUUAUGUGCAGGUGAAAUUAGAGGGUUGAAUAACUUGACUAAGUUUUCUCAAUUUUUGAAUAAAGAAUAUGACCCUGCUGCUGAUGGGAAAAUCAUUUACGAAUUGGAAGAAAAAGAAUAG